AUUCUGGUGAAACAAAUUUAAACGCACAUAAAACGCUGCGUUUUACGGUCCUGGGUUGAAAUAAAUCCGAUAGGACUUUUAUCUAAACCCCCGCCAAGAAAACAGAGUGUUCCUCCAAUGGAGAAUCUCUCUGUAACUUUCCAACAUUGUUACACUUUCUUCUCGCUUCGUAAACCAAAUCGUAGAUAUCUUAUAAACCCACCACCUAAGUAUAAUCAUUCUCGUUUCUCUCUGGACAUAAAGCAUGCGUUGUCGUCCGAAUCUAUACCAUCCUCUGUUUCUCUGGCACCGUCAUCUUCAAGCUCGGAACUUUGUUCCCAUCCGUUGACGGAGCUUAACAAUUGCGACGAUUUGGUCUCUGUUAAAGCUACUCAUGCUCGGAUUAUCAGGAUUUUCGAUCGAUUCGACUUAGAAUGCUUGAUCUCUCGUUACCUUGAAUUCGGAGAAUUAGGGUAUGCGAGUGCGAUCUUCUUCAUGGGUUUCGCUCGGAACCAAGUUUCGUGGAUGGGUUUCUUGAGAGAGAUCGAGAGUUUCGGAUUAGAGAAGCUUAAGGUCUUGGAUGAGUUUGUUCAGCUACAGAGUAAAGGAGUAAACUUUGAUGGGUUAGUUCUCGUUAUGGUUUUGAGAAUCUGUACUGUUCUGAUGAGUGAGUCUCUGGGUUUCAUUAUUCAUGGCGGUUUGAUCAAGAGAGGGGUUGUUAAAUCAGACACACGAGUGGUUUCUGCUUUGAUGGGUUUUUAUGGGAGUUGUGUGAGUUUGGAAAUUGCCAACAAGUUGUUCGAUGAAAUGCCUGAAAGAGAUGAGUUUGCAUGGAAUGAGAUUGUGAUGUUGAAUUUGAGGAGUGGGGAGUGGGAGAAGGCUGUUGAGCUGUUUAGAGAGAUGCAGUUUUGUGCUGCAAAGGUUUAUGAGAGAACAAUGGUUAAGCUUUUGCAAGUUUGUAGUAAGAAAGGAGGGUUAGAAGAAGGGAGACAGAUUCAUGGGUAUGUUCUGAGACUUGGGUUUGAAGGGAAUGUCUCAGUGUGUAACUCUUUAAUAGUCAUGUACUCAAGGAGUGGCGAGCUUGAAUCAUCCAGGAAAGUUUUUGAUUCGAUGAAAGACCGGGAUUUGUCUUCGUGGAACUCGAUUAUAUCGAGUUAUACUGCAUUUGGGUAUGUAGAUGAUGCUAUGGCUCUCCUGGAGGAGAUGGAGAGAAGUGGUUUUAAAGCAGAUAUAGUGACAUGGAACUCUCUUUUGUCAGGCCACGCAUUCAAAGGCUUGUACAGAGGCGCCAUUGCGGUAUUGAAAAGAAUGCAAGUUUCAGGUCUGAAGCCAAACACCAGCUCCAUAACUAGUCUUCUUCAAGCAGUUGCUGAACCGGGACUUCUUAAACUUGGGAAAGCAAUUCACGGAUAUGUAAUAAGAAACCAGCUUUGGUAUGACGUGUAUGUAGAAACCACAUUGAUUGACAUGUAUGUUAAAACUGGCUGCUUACCUUACGCCCGUAUGGUUUUUGAAACAAUGGAUGAGAAGAAGAACAUUGUUGCGUGGAAUUCACUUAUCUCUGGACUCUCGUACGCUGGUCUGGUACAAGAUGCUGAAGCUUUGAUGAGUAGAAUGGAGAAGGAAGGGAUCAAACCUGAUGCUGUUACGUGGAACAGUCUGGUUUAUGGGUAUGCGAGUUGUGGAAAAUCUGAGAAAGCUUUAGCUGUAAUAGAAGAGAUGAAAAGAAACAGGGUGGAGCCUAAUGUGGUUUCUUGGACUGCCAUUUUAUCAGGAUGUUCCAAGAAUGGAAACUUCAAGAAUGCUCUCAAAGUUUUCAUUAAGAUGCAGGAAGAAGGUGUUUCUCCGAACUCAGCUACCAUAUCCACCUUGCUUAGGGCAUUAGGUUACUUGAGUCUAUUAUUAAAUGGCAAAGAGGUUCACUGUUUCUGUCUGAAGAACAAUUUGAUCAGAGAUGCAUAUGUUGCAACUGCACUUGUAGAUAUGUACACAAGAUCAGGGGACCUGAGAAGCGCGUCUGAGGUUUUCUGUGGCAUUGAGAACAAACCGGUAGCUUCAUGGAACUGUAUGAUCAUGGGUUAUGCCAUGUUUGGGCAAGGCCAAGAAGGGAUAGCAGUUUUCAAUAGGAUGCUUGAAGCAGGCAUGGAGCCAGAUGCUAUAACGUUUACCUCUGUCUUGUCCGUAUGUAAGAACUCAGGUCUUGUCCGUGAAGGGUGGGAAUACUUUGAUCUUAUGAGGUCUCGUUAUGGUGUUACACCAAGUAUCGAACACUGUUCUUGCAUGGUGGAUAUGCUAGGGAGGUCUGGUUAUCUUGAUGAAGCAUGGGACUUUAUUCAGACAAUGCCGUUAAAACCUGACGCAACGAUUUGGGGUGCGUUUCUUUCAUCUUGUAAGAUCCACAGAGACUUGGAGCUCGCGGAAGUGGCUUGGAAGAGGCUGCAAGUGCUGGAACCGCACAACUCAGCUAACUACAUGAUCAUGAUAAACUUGUACAGUAGUAUGAAUAGAUGGGAAGAUGUGGAACGCAUACGGGACUCGAUGAGGAGUCAAAGAGUGAGAGUUCAGGAUCUAUGGAGCUGGAUUCAGAUCGAUCAAAGGGUUCACGUCUUUCACGCAGAAGGAAAAGCACAUCCUGAUGAAGGAGAGAUAUACUUUGAGAUGUACAAAUUAGUCUCUGAGAUGAAGAGAUCAGGUUAUGUGCCAGAGACAAGAUGUAUACACCAGAACGUAAGCGAAGCAGAGAAAGAGAAGUUGCUUAUGGGACAUACAGAGAAGCUAGCAAUAACAUACGGUCUCAUCAAAAAGAAAGGGUUAGAUCCUAUAAGAGUGGUCAAGAACACGAGUAUAUGUUCUGAUUGCCACACUGUAGCGAAAUACAUAACGGUUUUGAGAAACCGUGAGAUUAUCUUACAAGAAGGGUCACGGAUUCACCAUUUCAGAGAGGGAAAAUGUUCCUGUAACGACUCCUGGUGA